AUGGCCUUCGACUCCCCCGAUGCAGAGGACACCUGCUUAAAAAACCACCCUUAUAGACACACCGUCUCGUCAACCCUCACCGGUGACGAGUGCACGCCGACCGCCUCUGGUGACCUCGAGAAGAUAGACUCUCGUCAUCAUGAGGAUGACGACCACAUCGACGUCAACAGGGAGCACCGACGAUACGGCGGGGACUUGAUCAAGCAUGAGCAGAGCCGCCAUGACGCAAACGACUAUGACCUGAGCCUCUCCAACCGCACGACAUCAACCAGUGCCUACGCAGGCCGGGCGCCGUCAACGCUGCCUGAGCGCGUCGCCUCACGGAUGUCGACCUCGUCUUCGGCGCUGACAUUCCCCGAAGGCGGCCUCCAAGGAUGGCUGGCCGUCGCGGGCUCGUUCUGUGCUAUGCUCUCAGUCUUUGGGCUCAUCAACUCAUCGGCUGUCUUCGAGUCGUACUUUUCGGAACACCAGCUCGCUCACCACAGCGCCUCCGAGAUCGGCUGGAUAUUUAGCAUCUACCUUUUCUGCGUUUUCUUCGUCGGCAUACAGGUUGGACCCAUAUUCGACCGAUGUGGAGCCAGGUGGCUGGUGGCAGUAGGGAGUCUACUUAUCGUGUUGAGUCUCAUGCUGCUCGGGCUGUGUACAGAAUACUACCAAAUCUUGCUCACAUACUCGGUGAUGGGUGGCCUCGGAGGAGCCCUCCUCAACUCGCCAGCGUACGGAACCAUCGCCCACUUCUUCGAUGUACGGCGGGGUUUUGCAACAGGAAUCGCCACCACGGCCGGAGGAAUCGGUGGUAUUGUGUUUCCCAUCAUGAUGCAGAAGCUUCUGCCGCGGCUCGGGUUUGCCUGGAGCACUCGCAUCCUUGGCUUCAUCCUCUUAGCGAGCGUUCUCCCGGACUUCGGAGUGUUCCGCGACAAGAGGUUCGCACUCGCCGCCACGGGCAUCUUCUUUAUGGAAUGGGGCCUUUUCAUCCCCAUAACGUUCAUCGUGUCAUACGCCGCAGCUCAUGGCAAGGACGCAACGAAUUCUUACACGCUGCUAUCGCUCCUAAAUGCUGGCUCGGUAGCCGGCCGGCUCCUCCCCGGGUUGAUGGCAGAUCGAGUUGGCCGUUUCAACGUUAUCAUUAUCACCAUAACGUUGUGCUGUGCGAGUGUAUUGGGACUUUGGCUGCCCGCUGGCGACUCACAUACCAUAAUCAUCGCCUUUGCCGUUAUCUUCGGCUUUGCGAGCGGCAGCAAUCUGGGACUUGUGCCUGUGUGUCUAGGCCAGCUGUGCGAUGCGAGAGACUAUGCGCGUUACAUCUCCACGGCGAACUUCCUGGCAAGUUUUGGAACCCUUAGCAGCGUACCCAUAGGAGGUGCGUUGCUCGGUGACGGUGGAAGAGACGGCUGGCUGGCGCUCGUAUUGUUUUCGGGCCUGUCCUAUUGUGUCGCCUUGUUGUGUUAUGUACCCUUCGUCAUUACGGAAUGGUUGCAUGCGAGACAGACUGGCCAUGGUAAAUAA